CGGCCACCCAUCCCUGGUGCCCGCUUCUUCACCCAAGCCCGGGGACGCCUGUCUUGCCACGAACAAAGCCCGCCUUUAUCAACCAGAGCCCCGCCUUGAGUCGGACGAGCCAAAAUUCUUCCCCCCCCAUUCAAGAAAAAAAAUAUAUUCCCCCUUCCCUUCCUAGGACCCUGACUGCGAGCGGUCGUCCCUGAAUCUCCCCGGAAAAUGGAGGACGUGCAGCUCCAAAUGCAACAGCCCUGGCUGCUGGAAAAGACCUACCACCGCCCCCAGCACUCCGACUCCGCCGCUACUACUCCCGACCUCGAUGACUCGGACAGGAUUCGCUUACAGCCUUCAUCACCGUCCGCCCUCCCUGACUUGGAUUCUUCAGAAGUCAUGCUCCAAGACCGCUACCUCUCCUCCGAGGAGGAUCUCUCGCCCACCGACGCCGAGUCAGGCGACAACUUCGACGACAUCGAGGACGAGGAGCCUGUCAUCAUGGACGCCUCUGCCGUUCCCACCACACCAAUUGCCGCAUCGGCAGGCCCGAAGCCCUGCAACCUUGCCACUGCCGUCUCAUACGUCUCUGCUGGCCGCGCCAAGGUCGUUGACGUGGCCGAGCUGGCCACCAUACGGGAGCGGACAUACAGUGUGCCUGCCGUCGCCAAUGCCGUCCCCAUCCUUCGUUCUCCAGUCCCUCGCAUGUCGAGGCUAUCAUUCAGCGAGCACAGGCAGCCGGUGUCUGCCGACAGGGCCUCGUUCCUGCACACUCAGAACUCGCCCAAGUUGAUGACCAUUGAGAGGAAUAGGCGCAAGUCAUCGGCGCCCAGCGCCCUGCGCCCGCCUCUCACGAGAUCUCCGCUCUCCUACGAUGCUGCUUCGGCGCCGCCUAUUCCCUUGACGCCCUCGACGGGCUCUCUGCGCUCCCAGGUCAGGAUCAACAGGCACUACAGCAUGGCCACCCCGCCCUCUCACAUGCUCGACAACAACCGCCCGAAGCUGCAGAGGUCCACGACCGAUUUCCGCAGCCAAUUGACGCCUACGCCCGAGCUCUCUCCCUCCCGCUCUCCCUCGCCGGCCGUGACCGAGUCUGAGCUCGAGGUGCUCACCCCUCCCUCGCCCAUUGCCGAGACCACUGCGCGUCCCUCUUCCGCGCGCUCCUCAUACUCGCAAAUCUCGCGUUCGAAACGCGCCUCGACCAUCCACGCCAGGCAACGCUCAGGAUCCAUGCAGCUCCCGCGCUCCAACCUUUCGUCGUCGCCAACGGCUCCGCCAAUGCCUCUGGGCGCGCCUGCUUUCCUCAACUCGGAUCCCUUCGCCAAGAAGGAAUCGCCCAAGAAGGAAGAGGACAGCAGCAAGCCGGCGCACAGGCGCCUGCGGAGCAUCUCGAGGACGCUGUCGCUCGCCAAGAUCGCCGUUCUGCCGCAGGGCAAGCGUGGCAACAAGAACAAGAGCAAGAGCAUCAUCGGCAAGGAUAGCUUUGACAUCCUCUCGCCUAUCUCGCCUAUGACGAACCCGGCCGGCGUGUCUGCGCCCAGCCCCAUGAUGCCGCCCACGCCCAUGACGCCCGGCUCGCCUUCGACCCCCGCCUCGUCCACCAUGUACAGCCCGCGCUCGAGCUCGCGCAUGAGCGAGUCAUCGCGCUCGGGAAGCAUUGGCGAGUCCUACUACCCGAGGCCCAGCACGGCGAACCGCAUCAAGAUGGAGGCGCGCGGCGCCGCCGAGCGGGCGCCCGUGUUCGAGCUGCCGCCGUUCCCCGACGAUUCCGAGUACCAGUACCCUCCGCGUCGGAGGCUGACCAAGAGGAGGAGCAUGCUCGGCGUGGCAUAAGGGCGACCAAACCCACACGACGAGACGAUCACCGCGCCUUCGGAGCGCCAAUCAGUUACAUUCUUGCGGUGGUCUUGUACAGCACCCCGC